GACUUUCGAUAACGACUUCUUGGAGCUCCGAUGAUGAUGGCAGAACCGGAUCUGCAGACUUCAAUAUCGUUUGCACGCGAUGUGGCACAGGGACUUCGUGACAUUGCACAUGAGCUCUCUAAGCAACGAGGCAUCAAGGCAUUCUGCAGCGAGCUAGCUGCGGAACUAGCCAAUGUACAACAAGGACUUGAGGAACUUGGUGACCAGCGAAGCAGCGCUAUUGGAGAACGCCGAGUGCUGAAGUUACUGGGCAACCUGGAAAGGCUGUGCCAGCCAACCCUUUCGGUUCCCUCAUCAUCGCAGAGCGACACCUUCGAUCAGAGACGAUACCCGAGCCUAAACCACGUCUUGAUGAAGAAGGAAGUGGGGAGAAAGGUCAUAGGCGGAUUCGCUGUCAGUCCGCUUGCACGUCGAAUGAAAUUGAUAAAGCUCCUGAAAGCAUUUGGCAAACCGCAGCAAAAUGGCCUUCGUGGGCCAGAGCUCUCCGAGCUUCUAGGCCAAGAACGCGCGCAACAGCAACGAGACGACUACCAGGGAUAUAUACAUGCGCUUUACGACAUACUUGCCUCGUGUUGCUGGUGCCAACGCCAGGAUGGCCCUAAGGAUAUCACAGCAAACCUGCGCCUGAAUGGCUGCUGUAGCCCCGGGGAGGUUCCAGACAGUAUGAACUUCAGGUUGUUCUUUUUGGAUCAUCCACACGGCCAUGACAGCGGCGUUUACUGUCAAUGGCAAGAUGCACAGAUAUCUGUCCUACGCAAGGGAAGAGUCAAGUUCAACACUGAGAAAGUUGUUCCUAAUGGCCCUCGAUUUGGAGAGGUCCUCACAAUAGACACAUUCUGCGAGUUGAUCACCAAUCGGAUGCAUUCGCAAUUGAAGUUAGCUGCGUUGAAUGAAAGUCUCGUGCUCAACGGCCCAUGUCCUCUUUCGCAAGACUUUCUUCUAGAUGCCUCGAGUGUCUCCCUUGCCGAAUUAUUAGAUAUUGCCAAGCUCUCCCCGAAGAUGAAGCUUCUCUUGUCGUAUUUCUUGGCUAAGGCAGUCUGGCAAUUCUAUGAUUCUGACUGGAUGCGAAGCGAGUGGACCAAGGAGACUGUUCAUUUUAUGUUCGAACGACGAUCAUACACACCGAAGGGCAUCUUUGUCAAUGAGCCAUUCCUCUCCGCUAAUUUCGAUGGUCGUCACAUGGUCCAAGAUGAUACUUUUCGCUCACAUCUAUUCCCGAAGAUUCUUGCUUUGGGAAUCAUGUUCCUCGAGAUCGAGCUUGGUGUUAAUAUCGAAAAGGACAGAACACCAGACUGUUUAGGACCUAACGGGCAGCCAAAUGUAAAUGCGGACCACAUUGCUGCUAUGAAAGUGUUUAACAGUGCAACGUUAUGGAAGGAAAUGGACACCUUCACGGCAGUUAAGGGUGUCAUAGAGGCUUGCCUCAUACCAGUACCAUUCAUGCCCUACUUGAAUGACGCGAAUGGACUUCGUGAUGCAUUCGACAAAUACAUCGUUACCCCGCUCCAAAAGCUGUAUAGGAAGAACUGGGAGGACCCGGAUACAUCCAGUAUUCGCGCAAUCGAGAUCGCCGCCGCCCCUAGACAAGCGACGAAUGAAAAAAACCAUCUUUCUCUGUCAAGUUUACAUACCCCGCGAGCAGUGGCUACAUAUCAGGUACCGCCUUACUCGCCUGCUCCAUAUCAACCCACCUGGAUGCCUGCCCUGCCACUCCAUCGAACAAGACAGGACGUUUUGAGCUUCUCCAGGGGAUUAUAUGAUAUCGAUGACGGUGCACGCAAUUUCUCGUCAUCUCCAAGUCCACUACCUGACCGCGUAAUGUCGAAUAGCACCCUAGGGUUGUCAUCUGAUGUCUGGUUUCAGGAACUCAACAAACUUAACUUUGUCCUUCGGUGUAAACCAAACGAGGAAGAUACGCAAUACACACCGGCAAGAAUAGCUAUCCUCGACACAGGGGUAAUUAAAGACUACGCGGAAUCAGUCAAGGCCUAUAGGGAUUUUAUCGGCGAGAAUGAUGAUGACCUGCAGGACAACACAGGUCACGGAACAAAUGCAGUCCGCUUGAUACUGAAGGUCUACGACGCGGCGGAAAUUUAUGUUGCCAGAGUUUUUGAGAAUUCGAAGGCAACUAAAGACACUGCUCGUCUAAUGGUGCAGGCAAUACACCAUGCAAAAGAUAUAUGGGAAGUUGAUAUCAUUGUUAUGCCGUCCGGAUUUGAAUCAAUAAAUCGAGAUAUGACACUGGCGAUCGACGAGACGAACCAUGCACGCAUUCUUGUUUUUGCCGCGGCGUCGAACUACGGAAACCUCAGAGAAAUAGCCUUUCCGGGCCGGCUCUACAUGUAUAGUAAAUUGAUUUGCAUGUUUUCCACCGACUCUAAUGCUCGGUGCCUCCCUAACUUUAAUCCUUCGGCAUCGUCAAUUCCGCCGCGCAGUUUCGCUAUUCUAGGAGAAAAUAUCGUGCUUCCGUAUGUGAAAGAGCCACUAUCGGGGACAUCUUUUGCAACAAUGAUCGGAGCGGCCCUAGCAGGGCGGAUUCUUGAUUUCUCACGACAAAGUGACAAUCGUGGCAGAAUUCGAAAUGCUGAAGUGUUGAAAACGGUCGAGGGAAUGUCUGCUGUCUUCGCUAAAAUGGCCCCAGGUGGCAAGGAUAAUGGGUAUGAUUGCAUGGCUCCAUGGAAGAUUCUCCAUCGUCUCGAUGAGGAUCUGGGAAAGAGGAGGAAAGAUGAACGAGCUCACGUAUGUGAAACUAUAUCAAGAGCUCUAGAGGAUAUGUAUAAAACCUAAUGCUUGGUUACAUAUUGUGUUGAAGGGCUCAUACGGAACUUCUAUGGUAGUUUAAAUACGGAAGGAAAUCCUAAUAAAGGAUGAAAAUACAUCAAAAUUAGCGACCAGAAAAUGCGAUGUUUAUGGGUAAGUCCGUAGUUAGUUGCAGUGAACUUUACCGCAGGACACCCAAAACUCGGCGGUAGAAAGACAUAAGCUGGAAGCGACCAAGAUCAGCG